AAAUGAGCAUUCCAUUGUUUUGAUUGUUGAAUCGUUCAAAAUAUUAGCACUAUGCUUUUACGUUCGAAAUUUUUGUACCACCUAAGCAAAAAAUCUUUACCAUCAGUGUCAAAUAUUUAUAUUCCAUGUUAUGUUGGAUCAAAAAGAGAGUAUUCAUUUAAAAGUGAACAAUUUACACAGAACACAUCUAAGAAUGAUUUUUAUGCAAAAUGCACUGCAUACAUUACCAUUGCUACAUCUCUACUGGGUAUCUAUUUCUACACAACCCGUAAAGAAGUUUAUGCCUUGAAUAAAAAGGAUGUUCAAUGUGGAGAAUUCCAAGCAAAUUUGAAAACUUACAGUUUAGAGGAAGUAGGAAAACACGAUAAUAAAAAAGAUGGUGUUUGGGUGACAUUUAAACAAGGAGUAUAUGAUGUAACAAAUUUUAUUGAAAAACAUCCAGGUGGUCCCUCCAAACUAUUAAUGGCAGCUGGUGGUUCGAUUGAACCAUUUUGGGCAAUAUUUGCAAAUCACAAUAGUUCAGAAAUAUAUGAGCUUCUUGAAACAAUGAGAAUUGGAAAUAUUUCUGAAGAAGAUACUAUUUCCAAUAAACUGAAUGAUAGUGACCCAUACUCAAAUGAACCUAUUAGACAUAAAGCUUUAAAAAUUAAUGGACAUAAACCAUUUUGUGCCGAACCACCUUCUGCUUUAUUAAUUGAAAGCUUCAUUACACCUGUGGAAUUAUUUUAUGUCAGAAAUCAUCUCCCUGUUCCUCACAUAGACAUAAAAACUUAUACUUUAGAACUAGCUGUGGAGGAAACAACAAAGAAGACCCUUAAAUUUGAAGAUAUAAAAAGGUAUCCCAAGUAUACAAUAACAAGUGCCAUAAUGUGUGGUGGAAACAGACGAUCUGAAAUGGCAAAAGAAAAAGAAUUGAAAGGGCUUAGUUGGGGUGUAGGUGCAGUGGGCAAUGCUACAUGGACUGGGGCAAGACUAUAUGAUGUAUUGAAGGAUUUGGGAAUUAAAGAAGAUGACUACAAUCAUAUACAGUUUGAGGGAUAUGACUUAGAUCCUUCUGGAACACCAUAUGGAGCAAGUAUACCUAUUAGUAAAGCUAUGGAUCCUAAAGCAGAUAUAAUUUUAGCUUAUGAAAUGAAUGGAAAACCAAUAUCAAAAGAUCAUGGUUUUCCUAUCAGGGUAAUUGUUCCAGGUGUGGUGGGUGCCAGAAAUGUGAAAUGGCUUGCUAAAAUAAUUGUCUCAAAAGAAGAAAGUCAGUCACAGUGGCAGCGACGUGAUUAUAAAGGUUUUUCUCCAAGUACUGAUUGGAAUAAUGUAGAUUUUUCUAAAGCACCUGCUAUUCAAGAAAUGCCUGUCGUUUCUGCAAUUUGUGUACCAGAAUCAUCAGAAACAGUUAAAGUAGUAAAUGGAAAAGUAAAUGUCAAAGGAUAUGCAUGGUCUGGAGGAGGUCGAAAAAUUAUUCGAGUUGAUGUAACAAAUGAUCACGGUAAAACUUGGUAUACAGCUAAUUUUCAUGCGGAAGAUAGCAAUGCUAAAGAAGGUCGUUAUUGGAGCUGGACAUUAUGGAAUGUAGAUCUUCCCGUUAAUAAAGAAUCAAAAGAAAUGGAAAUUUGGGCAAAAGCUGUAGAUGCAUCAUACAAUGUUCAACCAGAAAGUUUUAAAAACAUUUGGAAUCUACGAGGUUUUCUCUGUAAUGCAUAUCACAAAGUUCAAAUUAAAUUAGAGCAAUGAAUUUCUGAAAACAUUUAUGUAAACUUCUUGUACAUUUUCUGAUUAAAAAUUA